AUGCCACUGUACAUGCCAUCUGCCUUUUCCUGUCAUGGAAUCGACACGUCCAUUCGCCAGAUAACCACCGCGCAGGCGCUGGAGCGGACGCAGCAGUUGUGGGAAAUCGUGAAGCAGCGAAGCACAGAAGAUGGCCUUCUGCCGCGGAGUAUGUACGUCGAAGUACUCCGUUAUACAGCACGGCGAAUUCUGGUAAAGCUAGAAGACGCCGGCUUCGACGCCGAUACGUGGAGGACGUACACGAGCUUCCUCACGCAGGCGAUCCUCGCCUACGGCACGGCAGAGGCGCAGUCCUACCUCUGUAUAGUGGAGCGGCUCAUGAGCGCGGUCCUGGCCUUCCCAACGCGGCCGGUGCCACUGCUAAAGGAGUACCUUCACUGCGCCGUGGCGCAGAGCACGCAGCGCAACGAGGAGCUGCUCGUUUAUAUGGCCAAUAAGCCGUUCGGUAAGCUUCCACCGCUCGCGCGGUUGCCGGACCUAGAGUAUGGUGAUGACUUCGUCGCCCGCGUCGCCCCGCAUUCUGUGAUGGACGUGAUGAGCGUGUUGGAGCGACUGCCGAGCCAGCUGACCUUCGCCCACAGUCACGCCAUCGUGCACCUAAAGCUGUGCAACCCACUCAAGAUUCCCGGCUGCGGGUACGUGUCAGCUGGCUACUUUUGUGACACAUGUCGCCUGCGCGGCAUCCGCGUCGGCUUCCAGGCGAUGGUCUAUGACAAUGAAGGGGCAGACGGCGCCCAGUCGAAGUGCAGUGUGCGCAGCGAUGCGCAAAUAAACCACAGGAAGAGCUAUGGCUUUGACGUGUGCAUGGCGUGCGCCGUCUUCUUUUACGCGCAGCAACAACAGCACCUGCUUGCCCUCAUGCACGCACCGCAUUUCGCCUAUGCGUUCGGUCACGCUGCUGGCGUGACGGUCUUGUCUGCCAGCUGCCGUGCGCGCUGGCAUUCUGUUCGCCAUGAUUCCACGAGCUUUCAGCACCUUGGCGUCACUGCCGCGUCGCUGUCGUCUCACAAGGCUUCCAACAACUCCAUUGCGGCUACCGAAGCUCAUGAGAGGAGUGACAACUUGCUGGGCGCAGUCGUCGGCUACACCAUCAGCAGCUUCGACCCUGAUGAAGGGGUCGCCGUACCCAAGAGCAUGGCGAUCAAGCGUCCCCCUGUGCGACCACCAGUGCGUAAAGUGAACGGCAAUGCCACGGCAGCGCCGCAGCCACCAGUAACGCGCUGUGUGGCGAGUGCCGGCUUUGUUGUUUCCUUUACGCUCAGCCUUGCCCCGUACGGCGCGCGGCCCAUCGCAUGGGUGCUGAGCGACGCUGACAAGCGUGUUGACAUGCAGCAUAUGGACGAGAUGCUGGCUCAGCGACUUGGUCCAGAGUCGGACUGGCGGUCGUGCGUGGCGGUGCGUCGCAAGACGCAGAUGCCGUUGCGUGCUGGUGUGACUCGCAGGUCGGCAGCAGAUAUGCCGGCUGCAACGCCGCAUUCAGCGAAGCCAGCGAAGAGCAGUCACGCGUCCCAUCGGCUAUUCGGUGACAAGACUCUUCCUCACGGGCCAAAACUGCUGCCGCAGGUACUCGGCACGAGCAGUCGGCUGGUGGACGUCAAUGAUGACCUUGACACGUGCGCCAUUUGCCUGUGCCCGGUUGAAGGCGAGAAUCCUAUCAUCGAGACGACGUGCCACCACUGGUUCCACGUGGGCUGCAUCGAGGAGCACACUCACACUGCCGGGGACGUCUGCCCUCUCUGCCGCGCCACUCAUAUCCUCCCCGAUAUGUCUCGUGCCGCGGCGCUUGCGAGGAAUAUUUACCACGUGGAAGUAACCCUGACAGACGAGGAGUGCUUGUCGCCGUGCGUUGAUGUCUGCGUCGGCGUCAUCCUCACUCGCGACGGCAAUUACCAUGAUGCUACCAGCAUCGCCGCGGCCGAGUGCGUGCGCCUCUACCCCAUCCAGAUGAAGGGGUCUGGUCAGCAGGUGUCGCAGGCGUGCCCGUGA